CGUAAAUAAUUUCACUUUAAACUAAAUAUGUAAAUUUUAUUGAAGUGAAAGAUGUUAGUAUGGCAACAAUGAAAUUGCUGUUUGAUAUGUCGCUGCCGUCUUCAAAAUGUUCAAGACGCUGGCUUCAAAGCGACAUUUGUGAUCAGCCGUCGCUACGUCGUGUUGUGUCGUCGUGUUUGUGUUCAGCACUUGAAUGAUAGAGCGUAAUAGCCUAGACAGACGAACAAAAUUAAUUGGCAUUAAGAAAUGAUAAUGCGCAUUGAAAUUUUAUAGUGACAGACGACAAAUUUUGUGCAUUUAUACAGCUGAUUGAGAAAUUUGUUUAUUUAUUACAAACGUGAAAUAAAAAUGGAUAAAAAAGAGUUAUUAAUGGCAAUUUUGGUAUUUUUGGAAAACAAAAAGAAAUUUAAUGAAAGAAUUAAAUUGUUAUUAAAUACAUUACAAGAUAAUGAAGUGCAAUUAAAAGCAAUAGUGGAUUUUAACGAAAUCAUACAUGCUGGACUUGUAUUCGCUCAGGAGCACCAUCGACAUAUUUGGAAAUUCGAUCGAGGUGGUAUAUUUUGGGAGCACGAUGUCCCAACCAUGGAUGACUCAAGGUUCAAAGAAAAUUUUCGGCUAGAUAGAAGGGCAUUCAAAAAAGUGUGCGAAAAGGUAAAGAGUAUUGGAAAAAUGGAUAGCAACAUGAGGCGCUGUAUCUCACUUGAAAAAAGAGUAGCUAUAGCACUCUUUUCUUUGGGUUCGGCAGCGGAAUAUAGGACUGUUGCCAGUUUGUUUGGCGUUGGGCGCAGCACAGUUGGAGAAAUUGUGAUCGAUUUUUGUCAUGAAGUAUGUGGUACUCUUUCGGAUUGCAUUAAUGCAUACCCCCCACAUCCGCAAGAAUUAAGAAGAAUUGUAGAAGGUUUCAAACUGAUGGGGUUCCCACAAUGCUUUGGUGCUGUUGAUGGCUGCCACAUCGAAGUGCAACCCAAAAAAGUGGAAGCCAUAGACUAUUACAAUUAUAAAGGCUGGUAUUCAGUCAUUUUGUUGGCAAGCUGUGAUCAGAGGUAAAUUUAUGACUGUAUUGAUUCUCAUACACA